GUGUGUAGUGUGCGAUAACAGUGGGCAAGGCCUUUGUUUCCAAUGCGUUAUAAGAGUGUGGAUGGUUAUAGAAGUGUUGAUAGACUGUCUGCAGCACCAUGGUUCAUCUCUCAGCCCGUCUGCUGCUGCCGCUGCUGCUCUCCUGCCUGGCAGGUUUUUCUGCCAGUGAAAAGGAGCAGGGUGGAGCCGUGGGGGAAACCUCAUAUGGGCCAUCCUCAGUGGAGAUCUAUGGGGUCGGGUUAGUGACAGUGGGAAUCCUCUAUGGGUUCCAGUGCACGUCCAAUUGCUUCCCAGACUGCCACUACAGCUGGACCAGGGGGAACGUGACCUCUCAGGGGCCUGAGCUGAGCCUACAGCUUCUGCACAGAAUUCCCACACAGAUCCUGACCUGCACAGUGGUCAAUCCCGCCACGGGGAAGUCAGCCUCAGUCCACAAGACGCUGCAAGUGACGGCUGGACCAUCGAACAUAAAGCUCAGCGGGCCACCCAUGCUCACCUUUGGUGCUGAAUCCGUCUUUACCUGCUCAGCUGACUGCUACCCUUCCUGCAGCUACUCAUGGAGCGUUAUCAUUGAUGAGGAGGUGUUCAGUACCUCGCAAGGCAACACAAUUUCUGUCACUCCACCUACGAGCACCGUCGACUCUGAAACUCUGCUGUGUGAGGCUCAGGACACCGUCUCACACCUCUACAUCUCUACGACUCUGUUUCUGUGGGUGGCAAGUUCAUCUGACAUUAGCAUCACUGGUGACAGUAAAGUGGUGAUGGGAAAACAGUACACGUUCCUGUGCUUUGCCACAUGCAUCCCAUCCUGUGACUUCAUAUGGAAGUACAUGGGGAAGACUUUCCAGGGUAGCGUAGUCCAGAUACCCAUCCUGAACCAGGGGGACAAGCCAAAGUUCACUAGUCACCUGGAGAUUACUUUUAGCGACUAUGCUAAGAUUGAGCCUCUGAUCUGUGAGGCAACAAACACCAUAUCUCACACCACUAUCACCGCCACUAAGAACCUCACUGUCUCCGACCCCAUCUCGGUGCGUCCCACCUCUCAAGCCGCGCCACUGGCAGGCAACUCUUUCUCCCUGCAGUGUGUCGGCUCUCAGAACCCAGUGUCCAUUACAUGGCUGAAGAACAAACGUCCAAUGCCAGCAUCUGAAGGACUGAAUUUCUCCCCUGACAACACCACAAUGACCUUCAGUGAUCUCCUGUGGUCAGAUUCAGGUUUAUACCAAUGUGUGGUGAAAGACGGUGACACCCCCAUCCAGUCGGUUAGCUACAACAUGCAAGUAAUCUAUGGGCCAACUAGUAUUGUGCUCGAAGGAUCAAAUAUAUUGACUGUGGGAACACAGUAUGAUUUCCAGUGCGGUUCCAACUGCUACCCGGCAUGCAAGUUAACCUGGACCUGGGGUAACAUGACCUCUGAGGGCCCGGAGCUGACCUUGCAGUUUGAGGAAGCACAACCAGCAAUGAACCUGACCUGCACGGCAGUCAACCCUUACACAGGAUUGUCAAUGAAUGAUGAAACAACGCUGCAAAUAGCAAAUGGACCACUGAACGUGAUCAUUUCAGGACCAGACACCCUCGAGAUCGGGGUCACGGCGAGCUUUACGUGCUCAGCUGAAUGCGUUCCUUCCUGCACGUUCACAUGGACCGUGUCUGGAAAAACCAUCAAGGGUAGUGCCAUUGACAUCACGGUGAACCGCCAUGUUUCCAAAGAGUCCAUCAGCUGCCAGGCUGAGAACACAUACACCAGGGAGACGGCAACGGCCUAUGAGACGCUCAGUGUCUCAGAUCCUCACUGGUGUGGAUGUUGAGACACUGGAAGAACUGUACUCUACAUGCAAACUACAUUCUCCUGAUCUGCGAACACUCUGCGCAGAGCGGAGCACAAAGAUAUAUACUUUGGUAAUCUUUUAUUAAUGACACUUACUGUAUGUGUAAGGGUAUAUUUGCUCAAGCACAGUGUAUGCUGACUGUGAUGGAAUUGGCAACCUGAACAGGGUGUUUCCCUGUCUUUAUCACAAUGCAUUCUGGGACAGGUUCCAACCUCUUUGUGACCCUGAACAAGAUUAGACAGGUAUGGAGAAAGGACUUAUGGAUUGUGUGCUUGAGUAAUACGUUUUGGGGUUUAAUUACACUAGGCUAGUCAUUUUCUUUUCAUGAUGUAUUCCCAUUUCUCUUGCCAAACAAUAUGCACUAUUAUACUUAAUAAACAAUGACCUACUGUGCGUUUACCGAU